CGUCGCGUCUCCUUCUCCGAACUAUUCUCGGCUGUCGCGUCCCCCUCCUCCGUUCACAGUAACCCAAAUCCUCCGCGCAACAUCUUCGAGGCCGCCACAUUGUAUACCUCUCCAGUUCUCACGCUGGUACAUAUCUCCGCAACACAUGUAUUAACGACAGGACAGAAACCCCCCACCCCUGGCCACUUCUCUGGUGUUGGCCAAAGCAGUUCUCGCCCGCUAUCAACGACGAUCCCAUGUCUUCAAGACGACAUGGCAAACAACGAUAACGCCCACCCAAGCUCCGAAGACGAGCUAUUCGUGUCAACGGCAACGGAGCCCAUGGCGUAUACCUUUCAAUCUGAUCUCUCUGAAGACGAGAUUAAGAUUGCUACCGCACAGCCAGCGCCCAAACCAAUAUCACCGGCUGCCUCUGUCGCCGAUCGGUCCAGGGCGUUUUCUGACUCCGAUGCUGCCAUACCGGACCCUCAGCGCUUGAUUCCUUCCCCCGCGGUGGCUGAAGAUGACGACCCUGCUUUGUUCCUCGAGCAAGCCGCGGCAGCGCUCGCCGCAGUGACGAAAGCAGACACCUCGACCAAACCCAAGAAGCGAGAGUCGGAGUCACUAGCAAGUUGGCGUGGAAGUGUCAAUGCUUUGACGAACGGGGUAUCAGACCACAAUAUAGCUGGCACUAGGCGUGUUGACAUCGAGGUCGCUUUGCCCUGGCUCCCCCCAUCGAAGCGAGCAGCAUUUACCUACGUUGAGGUUGAGGAUUCGGAUGAGGGGACCAAACACUAUGAUACCCGUAGGCGAAGAAAUAAGCCCGCUUACGAUGAUUACCGGUUCGAUGACGAACUCGAGGGGCUCGGCCUGCGCAAGCGCAAGAGACGGUAUGAAGACGAUGAAGAACUCUACGAGGAAAACUCCGGUGAUGAUUAUGGUGGUCGUCACUCGCUUCAUGACUAUGGCUUUGUCAACGGUGCUAAGCGCAGCACGCGUACCAGCGCCCGUGCUUCUAGUGAAAGAAGCAUAGCCUAUGAAAGCGGCACAGAAUCGCGAGCGUUGAGGCCCCGCUCAGCCAAGAAAUAUCGAGAUUAUGACAGGGACGAACUCCAAAAUUCGGACGAUGACGAUGGUUUUUUCGUUGUCACGUCCGACAUCGUCAAGACCAGAGGCAGGAAAAAACGGAAAUCUACUGCGAAGCUCAAGACGACAAUGGGAGACGGCGACUCAGAUAUCGAGUUCGAGUCAAAGCGGCGUUCCUCUCGAGCCAACAAAUCCAAGAAAAGCAUGAAGGAGAUUUUCGACGACGAUGAUGACGACGACAUCUUCUAUGUUCAGGACACAAAACCCACAGCACCCCGGAUUGCCAGCGUCCGAGAGGUCUUCAAGCCGGCCCCGGUGGACUUUAAGGACGCCCACCGUCCGGUAUGUGACAGCUGUGGGUACCCUGAAGGUAAUCCUAAUAAGGGAGCCUUGGUUUACUGUCAAGGCUGUUCCAAUUCUUACCACAAGAUAUGUCUUGGCACUCGCAAUACCCGCGAGCAGCGGGUCACCAAAGUCGACACGGACUCCUUUGUCAUGCAAUGUCGGUUCUGCGUUGGCUCCUACACCAAGAAGGACCAUCGUGCUCCAAAGUAUGAUACUUGCCAAUGCUGUCAUCAAGCUAACCCGUCCUGUGCUCCCUUUUCUGAGAAAAAGACACCCAAACAAGAAGAAAAGCUGCGCGAGGAAAACGAUGGAGUAGAUCCGAUUAUGCCAGUAGACCCGAAACUGGUCAACAAUCCUCUCAAUGUCUUGUUCCGUUGCAGCAAAUGCCACAGAGGCUGGCAUUAUGAACACUUGCCUCACCCUAACGAUACCCGUGAUCCAGCCAUCAGCGAUCCUCUCAAUCUGCGCAAUCACCGUCUCCAAGAGUAUCAAACGACUUGGCGAUGCAAAGAGUGCAUUGAUACGGAGGACCUCAAGAUUGAUAAGGUGGUGGCGUGGAGACCAACUCAUAUUAAGCCCAGCCAAUACGUCAGAGGUCAGACCAUCCUCAACUUCAAUGAGGAUGAAAUCGAGUAUUUGGUCAAGUGGGAGAACAAGUCCUAUGCGCAUUGCGUCUGGAUGCCAGGUCCAUGGAUUUACGGUGUUAGCAAGGGAAACAUGCGUCUUUCUUUCAUCAAGAGGGCUCUCGGAGAGGGCAUGGAAGACCAGGCAAGUAGGGAUGAGCCUGCUGACGCACUCCUCAAAUGGACUGAAAAAGAUGCCAUUCACGACUCAUGGUUGACCCCCGAUAUCAUCCUCGAUGUGCAAUAUGCUGCCAAGUCGAUCGAAGACACAAAGAAAUACAAGGCAAUGUCGCUUGCCGACAGGAUGGAGUACGAUUUGAGCCGGAUCUUUCACGUGGUUAAGAUCUUCGUCAAAUUUGAAGGGUUGGGCUACGAUGACGCUGUCUGGGACACUCCACCUCCUGCGGACUCUUCCAUGUAUGACGCCUAUCUUGAGGCCUAUCGGGAAUAUCUGAACGGCAAGCACUUCAAGUCAGAGCCCUGGCGUAAUCAGAAGGAACGUAUUGAAGCCUUCAGGCAGAUGGAGUUCAACGGUGCCAUUGAGGUCAAAAAACAACCGCCCGGACUUACUCGUGGCAAGCUGAUGACCUAUCAGCUUGAGGGUCUCAACUGGAUGCUCUACAAUUUCCGCCAUGACCGCAGCGUUAUUCUUGCCGAUGAAAUGGGUCUUGGAAAGACUGUUCAGGUGGUUGCUUUGCUCUCCAGCAUGAUCCAGGAUAACCCCAAGAUCUGGCCAUUCUUGAUUGUCGUUCCCAACGCAACGUGCGCCAACUGGCGUCGUGAAAUCAAGAAAUGGGCCCCUGAUCUUCGGGUAGUGGCCUACUACGGCGGGCGGGUUUCCCAAACUUUGGCUCUUCAAUAUGAACUGUUUCCAAAUGGCACUAAGGACAUGAAGGCGCACGUUGUCAUCAUGUCUUACGACUCCAUCAAAGACACUGACACUCGUAGUCGGUUCAACUCCGUCAAAUGGGCUGGUCUUAUCGUUGACGAGGCACAAGCACUGAAGAAUGACGAGAACAGUCUUUACAAAGCACUCUCAGUCAUGAAUAUCCCCUUCAAGCUUUUGCUCACGGGCACACCGUUGCAGAACAAUAAGCGAGAGCUUUUCAACCUCUUGCAGUUUAUUGACCCGAAGCUAAAAGCGGAGGAACUUGACGAGGAAUUCAAGGAUAUCACCAAGGAAAAUCUUCCAAAGCUCCAUGAGCUGAUCAGGCCAUACUUCCUUCGGCGUACCAAGGCCAUGGUACUCACCUUCCUGCCGCCGAUGGCCCAGAUCAUUUUACCAGUGAGCAUGACGGUUUUGCAGGAAAAGCUCUGCAAGUCGAUCAUGGAGCGCAAUCCCCAGCUCAUCCGCGCGAUUUUCUCCGCCAACGGGAAGCUGAAAUCACAAGACCGCGGCUCGUUGAGCAACAUUCUCAUGCAGCUUCGCAAGUGUCUUUGCCAUCCCUUCGUCUACAGUCAGUCGAUCGAAGAUCGGAACUUGUCACCAGAAGUCACCAAGCGAAACCUUAUCGAGGCCUCCUCCAAGCUUCUGUUGCUUGAAGUCAUGCUGCCUAAAUUGAGGGAGCGUGGACACAGAGUUUUGAUAUUCAGUCAGUUCCUCGACCAGUUGACAAUCCUUGAAGACUUCCUCGCCGGUAUGGACCUUCCGUAUCAACGACUUGAUGGAAGUCAAUCUAGUAUGGAAAAGCAGAAGAGGAUUGAUGCCUUCAAUGCACCGGAUUCCCAAUUAUUCUGCAUGCUGCUGUCAACCCGUGCUGGUGGUGUCGGUAUCAACCUUGCGACUGCCGACACUGUCAUUAUCCUCGAUCCCGAUUGGAAUCCGCAUCAGGAUAUCCAGGCGCUUUCGAGAGCUCAUCGUAUCGGUCAACAGAAGAAAGUGCUCUGCUUCCAGCUCAUGACCGUCGACUCUGCCGAGGAGAAGAUUCUGCAGAUUGGUCGUAAGAAGAUGGCUCUUGAUCAUCUGCUGAUUGAGACCAUGGACGACAAGGAAGGCGAGGCUGCUAAUGAUGUGGAGACGGUGCUUAAACACGGAGCUGCUGCUUUGUUUGGCGAGGGACGCAAGAAGGACAGGAUCGUAUAUGAUGAAGCGGCAAUCGAUAAGCUUCUUGAUCGUUCAGCCAAGGAAGAAACGAAGCAAGAUGGCGACAAGUCUGCCGAGUCUGCUUUUGCUUUUGCCCGCGUUUGGGCACAAGAUGAGGGAGGGCUGAAGGAUGACGUGGAGACAGAACAAAAAGCAUUAACCAUGAGUGUUUGGGACCAGAUUCUUCAGCAGCGAGAAGAAGAGGCACGCCUCGAGAGGGAGAAGGAACUGCAGGCCUUGGGACGUGGUGGCCGACGACGUGGAACGGCGAACUACCGCGGACCCAAGUUCGAGUUUGAAGAAGGUCAGGAAGGAGGUGAGAGUGAUCGUGGUGACCAGGACGGUGACUUCAUGGGCGGCGAUGACAGCGAUGGGGAAACAAGCGGUAACGAAAAUGGGAACAGCCCCCACGGUGAGUUCUUACCCAACGGAGGCAGCUCACGCAAGUCACAGGCAAGGAAUGCGCAACAAGACGCCCAAGACAGUUCGGACCCCCGGCACCCCCAGCAAACCCGCUCGAGGCAAGGCUCCCAAAACCAACUCGUCGUCCAAAUUGCGCCCGCUCCCGGACCAGCAGCCCCAAACCCAAAAGGCCGCCCAACUAAGCCCGUCCGACCUAGCAGCCACAACCAAGAAGUCCACCGCAUUGCCGACUUUAACACCCCCCAUGGUCAAAUCCCCGCAUCCGGCGGCCUUGCCAUGCCCUCCCAUGCCAUCGGCGGUGACCUUGCCGUUCACCCCAGGCCCGUCCCUUCCACUCACCGACCAAAUGGCAACCCCAACGGGGCAUCCAAACUAACCUCCAAUACCCCUAUUCUCGUCCCCAGACCAGGAGCCGGAGUUGUAACUGGAGCCAGAAUUCGGCCACCAUCUCUUAAUGGUCUUCCCAAUCUGAACCCUAACCGACAGCCUAACAACCUCCCCUCAGACGUCACUAAACAGCCCAAACCCGGUAUUCUCUGGUCUAACCAAGGCCCACCCGUACCGCCAGGUGUUCCGCACACUUCAUGCUUUGUCUGCGGCUUCGUACACCCUCCUACGUGGAUGUGUCCCGAGAUGAGCCAAGAGGUUCCUCUUCGGCUGGCGCUGGAUAAUCUUAGGCUCAUACCACACCAAACUCCGGAAAGAAUGGAGAUUAAGCGUAAAUUCUUGCUCGAGAUGUUGAGGGUGGUGCAGCAGAGGAAGGAAGAAGCUAUGAGGGCGAAACAGCGGCAGCAGUCGGGUCAGCAGACUCAGGAGGGUCAGCAGAGCCAACAGGGCCAGCAGGGCCAGCAGAGGCAAGAAGGACAAGAACCACCGCAGGUUCCUCCAUCAUAGUGAAGGCGACUGGCUGGCUUACCCGUGAUACCUUUGAGGUGAUGAAUGGAUUAAAGGGAGGGGUUGGUUAUUGUUGGUUGGAUUGUCUGAGUUAUGACUUGUAGUUACUCAACCACUCUUAUAUUCGGCUUUGCUUUUAUCUUGCUUGCUUGCUGCUUACUUCACUGAGUGAAUGAGCCAGGUGGUAUGUGAUGACAGCGGCUUGCUCAACCUCUCAGGCAUGGAUGAAAAGUUCUGAAGGGUAUAGGAAAAUCGGAUGAUGCUUGCUUGUUUGGGCUUUGCUCGAUGGUGUUGAGAGGAGAAGGAUCAUACCUACGAUGCUCACCGUCAAGCAGCAAACGCCAUGUAACAAGUAAUAAAACAGUAUAACC